UAUAAAAAUUCAACCUUUGCAUUCUUAUUGAGGUUAUUUUUAAUGAUAUUUGAUAUUUUAAUAACAUUAAAGUACGCCAAUAGCAUUUGCAUCACUGGUUAUACUUAGUUAAUGUUUUAAUUAUUUUUAUAUAAUGUUUAAAUGAUUUUAAUAUUGGUGAAUUAAUAAAUAUGAAAGUAUUUAGUAUAAAUAAAAAUACAUAUACAUUUAUACUUACAAUUUCAACUGUAAAAUAUUUAUAAUGGUACAAAAUGGUGUGGAAUUUCUAUCAGUACAAAAGGUUUUGGGUUUCUGUCAAAGGUGAAGUAAGGCAAAUGUGUGUGUAUAUGUGUAUUUUAUUUGUAUUAUAUUAAAAAAAAAAAUUAAUAAGUGUCUAUUUUUUUAAUCCAAAAAGAACAAAGAAGUGGUUGGUGGUGGGCAGGGUCUUAUACAAAACUAAAAUUGAAACUAAUGCCUGACUUUUUGAAGCCACACAACAAAAGACGUCCAAAGUGUGAAGUGUGAGGUUCAGCUUCCGUCAUCAUGCCUUCAGGAUCAAAUGUACUGCAGUUUUUCAUGAUGAAACUCGGAAACACUCUGGGUGUCGAGACUGACGUCAUAAAGAGGCUGGAAAAUCGUCUUUCUCUCCGUGAAGUGUCUUUAGAGGAGGAGUGUGACGUCAUCAUUGCUUUUGUCCCUGUUGCGUCUCGGGCUGGAACGGACAUCGAAGCUGCUCUUUUAAAGAUUAAGACGAGUCGUCCUGUGAUUCUCGCGGUGCUCCACCAUACGUUUGACACAGACUACAUUGCACCUGAUAGCAAAUAUUGUGUAAAGAGAGAAGGUGUUCUUGCUGUCGACCUCCUCUUUAAUGAAGAUCUAGGACUGCUCAGAAGCUUGCGCAAUGACGUGGCGCUGAAAUCAAUCACUGAUUGUCUGAUCUCUAUGAGCGCUUCACCUGAUGCCCCAGUAGUAGGUGUUGGACAGCUCACACAGAAAACCACUUCUAAUAUUAUUAGUCAACAUCGUUCAGUCCAAGUUCGACCCCAUCAGCCUGAUUUAACACACAGGUCCAGACCACGUCUUUCCAAACGUGGGGUCCACCUUGCAAUCGUAUUAAUGUUGAUUAUUAUUUUAUUUAUUCUGUUAUUUCUUUGGGUUUUUAAAUUAAAAGCACAUUAAAAUGCAACUAUGAUAAUCUUUUAUAUAAUCAAAUUCACGAUGUGAUCCACGACAAGAACAACAAAGUAAUAAAUAAUUGGAGAAGCUAAAGAACUCAUAAGCACAUUAGCAUCUGCUUGCAACUAUUGGCUAACUAGCUAGUGACAUCUAACGUAGCUACAAGUAGCAGAACAUAACACAACUUUGUCUUAUGAUUUGACUUAAAAUCAUAAAUCAAGAAAUGACCUGUGACAACUUCAUCAUCUUCAUCAUCAAAUGCCACUAAAAUCAUCAUUCUAUAAAAUAAAAAAAAUUAUUAUCAGGCAGAAAGUAAAACAAAAAACCCCAAACAGUCAUGUUUAACUUUACAGCUUCGAUUAAAUUUCGUAUUGUGCAUUAAAUAUGCAUUUAAUUAAAAAUACACACUGAACAAUGUUUACCCAAUUACUCUAUAUGUAUUACAUAAUUGUAUCUGUAUAUAAUUUAUUUUUUUUAUUUCAUUUAUUAUAUAAUUUUAUGUUGUAAAAUGUUAUUUGUGAAUAUGAUUAGUGACACACAUUCAUCAAAUUAUUUUUUGUCAGUGUUAUUGACAAAAUUGAUAAAAUAUACGUUUUAUUGGAGAAUAAUUCUUUCCCAGAAUUUCCUGAACAUCUCUUAAACCAGGACUCUCUAAUAUCUCAUCGAUAUUUCUUCUCUAAUCUUUUCUGCAAUAUUGAAAGUUUUCUUAAAAUAAAUCAA